AUGUCGGCCACUUCACCACCUCCGCUAGAUCCUGGUGGCAAUCUUGAAACCGAUCCUUCCACCCAGACAGGUACUUGCAUCGUCCAAUCUCUUCGCCUGAGCAAGAAUUUGCUAACCUUCCAAGCCCAACCUCCCGCUCCAUCCUCCACUCCAAUUCAACAUGCUGGCGACGACGACAACCCUCGAAGCCCCAAAAGAAGACGCUUGUCGCCUGCAGAGGAAUCGCCUAAACCCGCUCCUGUGCAGCCGGUAGCAUCGACAUCUGAAGUGCCAUCCCGGCCGUCUGUGGAACCAUCAAAGAAUAAUGCCACCAUUCCUCCCACAACUGUCGCGCCUCCUGCGCCUCCUGCUGCACCACAGCCCUCCCAUGUGACGAAUACCAUCCCUACGCCUCAGAUCCCAAGCCUCAAAACCCGGAUUGAUAACCUGGCCGCGCUGGAUCGCCUCUCGCUGCAGAUUCUGGCGCUAUUGGCCAAGUUGACACCUGCCGAAGCCAUGGGCUUAUCGAACACUCCAGACUCUCCUCGCACUCGGGAAUAUACUUCUUUAAGAUCACAAUUUGAAUACACUCGAAGACUCUACAACACUGGCGCUCACUUUCUUUCUCCGAGAGACUUGGGCUUGCAAGAGAGUAGCCACGUCGAUGUCCUCCGUCGCGCCAACCAAGCCAUCUUCGUAUCAAGCGUCUUUACGGGACAAAUUGGUCUUCGGGAUAUGGACCGCAGUUUCCUGGCCGUGUUCGUGCCAGAGGGCGGCAAGCUACUCAAGGCCCAGGCCUCCAUUUAUCUAGAACUGAAAACCCAGGGCUUCAUUACCGCCUGGCGCACCCGCGCUGCUCCUCCAUCCGUCGUCAUGGUCGAUCUCUUUGGUACCGACAUAGACAAGAGCAUUCUCUCUAGGAGGCCUGGCACAUCUACCCUGGCCUCGAGCGAGGUCGACUUUCUCAACAGACUCGCAUCGCGCCGUGAUAUCCUUCAAAAUCACGUCAAGACCAACACUCUGGAACAGUUACCCCUAAAAUACAAAUGGGAGGACUUCAGUCGAGAAGUUUCUUCAUACUUGGCCAAAAACAUUGAAGGGCAUGCCGCCGCUCUCAAUGGCAUCGCCGAUCCUACGGGUUCCAACGCGUCCCAAGCAAUGCCUCAGGGAAGUAUGGAGGGCCAGUUCUCUAUGCAUGUCCCACCGCUCCCGACUCUGUCGCACGAUCCCUUUUUGUCGGUUCCGCAAGAUGGCCUACCAACAUUUACUGCCCCCGAAGACGAUUUCGUUGCACAGGCUGCCAGGGCUGCCGAAAUUGCCAUGCAAGAUGCCUUGGGCUUCGCCUUUUCCGAGCCGGUCCCGCCAGCCACUUCGACUCAACCUCACCCGUCCAAUGUCGCUCUAGUCCUGCCAAAGCAGACUUCCGAGUCCCAGCACCACGAAUCUUCUGCCGAGACAACUGCGGUGAAAUCGUCCGCUGAAGAUGCCACAACUCCCAGCGAUAUCCCACAUGUGUCACAGACUGCGCCAACAUCGGUCCUGUACGAAAGGGCAAGAUUGGUCGCUACCACGAAAGCACAAGCACUCCCUGCGCGCAAGGGAGUGGUGCCUAGCCAACGACGUCCGUGGACAACGGAAGAAGAAAACGCCUUGAUGACGGGAUUAGAUCGCGUCAAAGGACCGCAUUGGAGUCAGAUACUGGCCAUGUAUGGACCUGGGGGUACUAUCAGCGAGGCCUUGAAAGACCGUAACCAGGUCCAGCUCAAAGACAAGGCGCGAAACUUGAAAUUAUUCUUCCUCAAAAGUGGUAUCGAGGUCCCCUAUUAUCUCAAAUACGUCACUGGCGAUCUCAGAACGAGAGCACCGGGCCAUCCUCUGCAGACCGAUGGUAAUGAGCGUGAAAAUGGCCCAACUUUGGAUGAGGCAGAAGAGCAGGAACUGCUGGCUUUGGCAUCCAGCGAAUCACAAUCAGCUCAACAGUCACCAACAAUUGAAGGGAUGGACAUGCCACCACCCAUCUCGGAUAAACCACUUGAACCUAGCAUGGAUGAUGUCGAGGCCAUGAUAGCAAGAGCUGCAGCUCAGGCGGCACAAUCACUUGGACCUGACGGUUGGCCAUAG